AUGAGCUGGCUGGCCAACCGGUUGAUGUUCUACCACCUCAACCGACCGCAACGCACACAAGUGGACGCAAUCGAGUUCCUGCAAGGCGCCAAGUUCGCGAUGGAGACGACGAUGAUGGCCAUGUACUCGCCAGAGUUCGCGGACUACGUGGCGCGUGAGGCGGAGGCGCCCGGCGCGUUGGAGCCCGACUGUGACGUGGCCAAGAUGCUGCACCAGUCGCUGGAGACGGUCAGCUACGAUGCCUUCAAGCAGUUCGUGUUGCAGUCUGCGAGCGCUGGAGUCCGAGCCGAGAUGAAGGAGAUCGAGAUGCACAGCGCACACCUUAUGAGUGUGCAGUACGAACGGAAAGCCAAGAGGUCAACGACGAACGCUAGUGGCGCCAGGGUGCUGGGCGUUCCGGUCCACGAGCGACUCAAGCUGGCGUUGCUGUUUGACAUCACGGAGCACGUGAGUUUGAAGCUGCCGGACUCGAACGAAGCCGAAGACGUCGCGGUGCGGCGCAACAAGGCCAUCUGGCAGUUUGAGUCCAAUGUCAGCACGCCUGAAGAUAUCGACUGGAUCAUUGAGCCGCUGCAUCUCGUCGCGUAG